AUGGAUCUCUCCCGACAGGAGUAUCCAGCCUUGCUGGGCUCUUUACAACCCAGUCAGGCCGCGUCUGUGCUAGCUGAUCGCAUUCGCGUCAUCAACAAGGUGAAUUCGGAUAUCGCAGAUUGGCUGCAGGAACGUCGCCGCGUCGAAGAAGCCUAUGCGCAAGGGCUGCGGAAGCUCUCACAUCGACCCCAAUUGGACAAUGCAGCUGCCUUAGGGAUUUUCCAAAUACCAUGGCAGCGCAUCGUGAAUUCGGUCGAGACCGUAGCUGUCUCGCACGAAACUUUCGCGCAAAAGAUCGACGAGGAUGUUGAACGCCCGUUGAGAGAGUACAGCACUAAAAACAAGGAGCUCGCGUCGAUGCCCGGAGUUCAAAGUGAUCUUACAGCCUUGGCAAAGAACUUCGAAAACUCGCAGAAAAAAGUGGAAAAGGCUAAGGAAAAGGGCCCAAAAGGCGCCGACAGAUUAGCCAACGCCGUAAGCGCCUCCCACGAAGUAAGCCAGCAAUGGGAAUCGAGGGCGCCAUUUGUUUUCGAGCAGCUCCAGGCAGCGGAUGAGGGUCGACUCAAUCACCUUCGAGAUGUUUUAACUCAGCUUGAAACGCAUGAAACUGAUCAGGUUGAGCGCUGUCGACAGGCAGCAGAAAGUUGCCUGAACGUUCUACUCAAUGUGGAAACCGCGGAUGAAAUCAAAACAUUUGCCGCGAAGAUAAAUGGGGGGCGACCAGUUGCGCCAAUUGCGCCGCCUCGACAGCAACAAGCGUCACCUAUUCCGGUAACCUCAUCUACGCCUGAGCCGCCUCUUCCACCCCCACCACGCAUCCAGGACGAUACUGCUAGCAAUCGCUCUACGGGUUCGGGUCGCACCAAACCGCCGCCGCCGCCUGUUCCUGAACCCCGACAUGGCACAGCCUUUGGUGGUCUUAGACGGCUAGGUACAGUCAUGAACCGAAGGAAAAGUGUUGCUCUUCCGUCCGGCGGCGCUUCUGAGAGAAAAUACCGCAGUCCAUUCUCUUUCAAAAGGGGAGAGAACCGAGAGAUGCAGAUUCCUGAAGACCCUCGACCUGAGCGACCGGACACCGCUGUCACCUCGCAAGGAAGCUACAUUGAAGCUACACGUCUUCCAAGCGAGUCCAACGAGAGGGAUGGUCGUGACGGUUUAUCAUCUAGCCCACCGCCCCAAUCUCCGCCUGAAGUGGUGAAUGGGUUUGGAUCCCAACAGAUCUCCGGUCCAGCAGCUCUCACUGGCACGAGCGGAAAUGAACCACGCGUGGACUCUGAGGGUUACACUCAACGACCGCAGGCUAUUGAUGAGAUCACACAGGCUCAGCGAGAGGCAUCCGGACUAGAGGAGCUUGGCUUGAACCUCACCAUUAGGGAUCAGCCAAUUCCUGAAGACGAAAGUCAAGCUAAGCAAGCAAUGGACGACAUGGCUAAUCAACUGAGGCUGCAAGCACAGCAUAGCGGGAUAAGGCGAAACGCAGCUACCAUACGUGGACGACGCGAUGUUCGUAAUACUGUCUUUGUCCCUAACACACCGCCACAAAUGAAUACUGUUCCUGGUCUGGGCGCGACCCAGGACGCCUCCGAGCCUACUUCUCCAGCAUCGCCGGGAAAGCAUGUGGCUUCGCUUAGCAACGCUACAGACGAGCAUGCGAUGUCGGACACAACUUCAAUACGCUCAUCACACACUUUGCAUAGCAUUUCAGGCCCAGUUGCACACCCCGAACUCCAUGAUCCUGGGUUGAACGCAUCCAUAAUAGAGACAGUGAACGCUUGGUUCUCGGAAGGCGCUGUAACCAAAUCAUUUGUUGUGGGCGAACUUGCUCUGGCGUUCAAUACUUCUCCGGAACUUUCAUCAGAGAAUAUUCGAGUGCGUCUCAAUAACUUCCCGGUUCUAGAGAAGGUGGCCGCAAACCCGAAUUUCAUCCGUGAGGUAAAGGAUCAGGAGCAGUCGGAUGACAAGAGGGGUGAGUACGACAUUGCGCUUGCCAACAUCUCACGUCCGGCCCCGACACUUGCGUUCAAAUACCAGGUCCACAUUAACCCAGAAGAUACAUCGGCCUUCUGUCCAGUCAUUUUCAAACCCGCGUGGAAUCUGGAGGAAUUCCAAGCUAGUGUGAUCAUCUUUUACUCCCUGAACCCUGCGUUCGCAUCCUCUGUGUCGCGAGAAUCGAUCACGCUAACGAAUUUGGUUCUUACCGUCAAUUUGGACACCUCUCCACAGGAAGACCGAGAGGUUGCUCACGCUACCAGUGCUGUCAUGUAUCCUAACACUGGAGCGGCCUUUCGACGCAAGCAGUCUGCAGUGAUUUGGAAAAUCCCUGAAUUCGAGGUAAACAGUGGGUCCGAUGGCAAGCUACUAGUUCGCUUCUCAACAGCAAAUAGCUGGCCGCAGAAAGGAAAGGUUGAGGCGAAGUUCGAAGUUCGCACGCCUGAUGCCGGGUCGCGCCUCGGGAUCAGUGCAGCUUCUAGGCCUGGGGGACCCGACCCUUUUGCCGACGAGGACAUUUCCCCGGUUUCAUGGAACGAUGUUCCGACGACGCGGAAGCUGGCUGUCGGGAAAUACGUUUCUUCCUAG